AUGUUCUCCGUCUCCAAGCUGGUCGGCGUCCUUGCGCUCGCCACUCUGGCCGUGUCCACGGCCGCGUCAACCGGCUUCAACGCCCCGACCAAGGACCUCUUCGACCAGAGCAUGACCUGGCUCGACAAGCUCUAUGACCCCGCCGCCGGCUACCUCUACUACUUCUACCUGCCCCUCGCGGCGGGCCCCCACGAGACGCGCUCGUCGGGCGACGACGUCGAGCAGGCGUGCAAGAUCAUCCGCAACGUCAUCGCCGACCAGGAGAAGGACGUCGAGAAGCAGUGGUUCGGCGACUACACUGUCUUCCCGGAGCAGCCGACCGUGGGCACGGACGCCUACCCUCAGAGCAUCUACAACACUUGGGACCCGAACUGGCGCGGCUUCAUAGGCACCAACCUGAUCGUCAUCUACGAGGAGUUCGGCAGCCUGCUGCCCGUCGACGUCAAGCAGCUCAUCCUCGAGAGCAUCUACCGCGUCGGCGGCGUUGACGGCGACAACCUCUAUCCGUCGUACAGCAACCCGGCGAUCAUGCGCGCAGUCGCCUCGGGCUGGACGGGCCGCAAGCUCAACGAGUCCAACAUGACGGCCGCUGGCGAGAUGUACGCGCGCGAGAUCAUCGACCUGUUCAACGUCAACGACACUCUGUCCGAGUUCAACGUGCCGACGUACUACGGCAUCUCGCUGUAUGGUCUGACGGAGGGCCCCGGGAUGAUCCGCGCCGUUUGGAGCGCCGUCGGCCAGUUCUGGCACGCCGGGAUGCGCAACCUCGCGGGGCCCUGGGACCGCAACUACGGCUACGACACGAACCGCUACGUCGCCAUCCUCAGCCUGUACGUCUGGUCGCUCGCCGGCCGCGAGGCCGCCCUCGUCCCCCACGCGGCGGUCGAGGCGCUCCAGAUGUUCUCCGGGGAGCGCACGGUGAACCGCGUCGCGUACGCGCCGCCGUACGACAACGCGCACCGGAACGUGACGACGUGGCUGUCGGAACAUCUCACCAUCGGCGCCGAGUCGUUCGACCAGGUCGCGCUGGGCGGCGCGCGCGAGGACCAGUCGGCGUGGGCGCCCGCGGUCGUGCAGUGGACGCGCGAGGGCGGGCACGUCGGCUUCCUCGUCUUCCACCCGGCCGAGACGGCGGUGCAGGCGCGCGUCGCGCCCGGGGAGCUGCACCUGACGUACCCGAACGGGACGGCGGAGAGCGCGUUCACGUUCCUCGUCGACACGAACCCGCUCGGCCGGAAGCGGGACAUCGCGGGCGUCGAGGACAUCUACGGGCUCAACGUGACGAUUGGCUUCUGUGGGUUGGUCGGCGGGACGUGCUCGAUCAUCCAUGAUUUCGAGUUCUGGAACUUGACGUUCGUCAUGCCCGUGAACAGCACGGAGACGCCGAGCAUCAGCUUUAAAAUCUCGCACACCUGA